CCAAAGCACAACAGCAAAGCAGAGGGGCCAUCAACCAAUAUUAAUAUCAAUAUUGCAAAAUUGACAUCUUUGACAGAGAGAAACUAUGGAGAAAGGUUUGUCGUGUUGCUGCUGGCUGAAGCUCAUCUGUGCUGGCUGGAGAAACCCUGCAGAACUGCCAGGAUGAGCAGAGCUGCAGCCAGAGAUGCUGCUUCGGCCUGAGAGGGCAGACGGCGGCCAGCGUUCACCCUUCAUGGAGCGUGAUGGUCUGCUCCCUCUCUCCGGGCUUCCACAGGGUCCUUCAGUCUGAAGGUAUUUAUGCCAUAACACACAGGUUUUCUACUAAAGGAGGGAUGGAGGGGUUCUGGGGAGAAAGGGGGGGAAGGAAAGGAUAGAAACCCAAAACAAAACAUAGCAUGAUAGUGUGUAAGCAGUUCCAUGUGUCCGGAGGACUGAUGGAGCUGCAGCCCUCUGCCCCCUCUCUCUCUCUCUACCUGCCUCUGUCCCAUUAAAAGUGACCAUAACAAAGCUGUACAAGUUGUUCUGAGUCAGUUCAGUUUAGCCCGUGCUGCCUUUCUUCCUCUUCUUCUUCUUCUUCUUCUUCUGCUUCUUCUUUUUCUGCUUCUGGUGAUGAUGAUAAUGAAGAACAAGCCCUAAUUAUACCCGAAGAGGGAAAAAAGAGAAGGGAGAAGCGACCCGAGGCGUACGGCGAUGCGGAAAAAAGGCUCAUCAUUCUGCUCCGCUGUGUGUGUGUGUGUGUGCUGUGUUUCAGUGUGUGUGUGUGUGUGUGUGUGUGUGUGUGUGUGUGCGCGUGCGCUGUGUUUCAAUGUGUGUGAGGGGGUGUGUGUUUUCCCUCUCUGAGCAGAUGACUGCCGCUCACCUUGCCACGGGGUCUGCAUGAGAUUGGUUCAUUGUCAAGGAGCUUUUUUUUUUCUUUUUUUUUUACCCAUGAUUCCAUAUGGUAUGGAGCGGGCUACAUGUUGCCCAACAUGCCAGUGCAAAUGUUUUCUCAAUUAGGUGUCUUAUCUCCGGUGAGCGCUCUCGCAUCAGAUGAAGGUUGCUGACAGCGUAAUGGCAGGGAAAACCUCGGAAGGCUCCAUCAAAUGGCAGCUCUGCUACGACAUCUCAGCCAGGACCUGGUGGAUGGAUGAAUUCCAUCCUUUCAUUGAAGCCCUGCUGCCCCACGUCCGGGCCUUCGCCUACACAUGGUUCAACCUGCAGGCCCGCAAGAGGAAGUACUUCAAGAAGCACGAAAAGCGCAUGUCCAAGGAGGAGGAGCGCGCCGUGAAGGACGAGCUGCUCGGCGAGAAGCCCGAGGUCAAACAGAAGUGGGCGUCGCGCCUCCUGGCCAAACUGCGCAAGGACAUCCGACCCGAGUUCAGGGAGGACUUUGUGCUAACAGUGACGGGGAAGAAGGCACCGUGCUGCGUGCUGUCCAACCCCGACCAGAAGGGCAAGAUGAGGAGGAUCGACUGCCUGCGCCAGGCGGACAAAGUGUGGAGGCUGGACCUGGUCAUGGUGAUUUUAUUCAAAGGGAUUCCCCUCGAAAGUACUGACGGGGAGAGGCUGGUAAAGUCUCCUCAGUGUUCGAACCACACCCUGUGUGUGCAGCCGCAUCACAUUGGAGUUUCAGUCAAGGAGCUGGAUCUCUACCUGGCCUACUUCGUGCACGCUGAAAGCUUCUCCAGCAGCACAAUUGGAGGAUAUCAGUGUGUCGGGGAGAUAACGCGGCUCGAGCCUCCAGAACGCAAAGGUUUCCAGUUCACCUUCUACGACCUGCAGGGUUGA